AUGGCAUCGAAUGCGGCGCUGGGAAAGCUGAUUUUGGCGGCUACAUUUAGCCUGUUCUUCUACUACGUAUUCUGGGUCGCAGUUUUACCGUUCAUGGUGAUCGAUGCGAGAGAUGGUAAUUGGAUCUACUCGCUGUUUCCACCGAUGAAGUUUGCAUUCCUCGUGCCGGCAUUGUUCGGUGUGGUCCUAGUCGGUGGACUGUCGGCUUUUUCUCUGUACCAUUUGCGGGACCAGCUCGGUGUUCGAUUUAUCCGACAACUUUAA